GUCAGUCUGAAUUGUGUGUGGCUGCUUCGCUCUUGGUAAGCAUGCCUGCUUAUUUUGGACACAGGAGGUACUAGGACUUUCCUGCUGGAAACCUUCAGGCGUCUCCUUGCCCCCUUCAUCAUGUUGUUAUUAUAGUUUUCAGUCCGUUUGUGUGUGUGUGUGUGUGUGUGUGUGUGUUUUUCCCUCACCCUGCUGAAGGCUUUGAGUUUUUGAGCAGCAGGAGAAGGAGGACUCCUGACAGCAGAGAAAGCAGUCAGAGAGAAGAAUGCAACACCGGACUGCUGCUCAACUGUCAUUUCUGCGAUAGGGUGAUUAAAAAGCUGGAGGAAUACAACUGCGGGAUACAAUAGCACUGAGCCUCAUUAUUACUGUUUUUCCCUUACCGAUGCACGGUCACUAGAAAAGAAAGGAGAAGAAAACGGAGGAUCGCGUUGCAACGUUGCAAGUCGGAGAUCAACUGCAGAGACCCCCCAAAAGUCGUCGACUGACAGGGGCUCAACCCCAUAACCCGAGGAACCAUGUCAUCCACGAGAUUCAGAAAGGACAAGGAGAUCAUAGCGGAAUAUGAGACCCAAGUGAAAGAGAUCCGUAACCAGCUGGUGGAGCAGUUUAAAUGCCUGGAGCAACAGUCUGAAUCUCGUAUCCAGCUCCUGCAGGAUCUGCAGGAGUUCUUCCGUCGCAAAGCAGAGAUUGAACUGGAAUACUCUCGCAGCUUGGAGAAACUGGCUGAGAGGUUCUCCUCGAAGAUCCGCAGCUCCAGAGAACACCAACAGUUUAAGAAAGAUCAGCACUUGCUGUCAUCCGUAAACUGCUGGUAUCUGUUGCUGAACCAGACGAGGCGUGAGAGCCGUGACCAUGCCACCCUCAGUGACAUCUACACAAACAAUGUUAUUGUCCGCCUGGCCCAGAUCAGCGAGGAUGUAAUUCGCCUGUUCAAAAAGAGCAAGGACAUUGGUAUCCAGAUGCACGAGGAGCUUGUGAAGGUGACGAAUGAACUCUACACUGUGAUGAAAACAUAUCACAUGUACCACACUGAGAGCAUCAGUGCAGAGAGCAAGCUGAAAGACGCUGAGAAGCAGGAAGAGAAGCAGUUCAGCAAGUCGGGAGAUCUCAACGUCAACCUCCUCCGGCAUGAGGACCGCCAGCCGAGACGCAGCUCCGUCAGGAAAAUUGAGAAGAUGAAGGAGAAGAGGCAGGCCAAGUAUUCAGAGAAUAAGCUGAAAUGCACAAAAGCUCGGAAUGACUAUUUGUUGAACCUGGCAGCAACAAAUGCUGUGGUUGCAAAAUAUUACAUCCAUGACGUCUCUGAUAUGAUUGAUUGCUGUGACUUGGGCUACCAUGCUAGCUUGGCACGCACCCUAAGGACCUAUUUGUCUGCGGAGUACAACUUGGAGACAUCACGCCACGAGGGACUGGAUAUCCUGGAGAAUGCAGUGGACAACUUGGACUCCCGCAGUGACAAGCACAAGAUCAUGGAUAUGCAUAACCAGGUGUUCUGUCCUCCAAUGCGCUUUGAAUACCUGCCACACAUGGGAGAUGAGGUGUGCCAAGUGAGCGCCCAGCAGCCGGUUCAGACCGAACUUCUGAUGCGCUACCAUCAACUGCAGUCUCGCUUAGCAACACUAAAAAUUGAAAAUGAGGAGGUGAGGAAGACUUUGGAUGCCACCAUGCAAACACUGCAGGACAUGCUGACAGUGGAGGACUUUGACGUGUCAGAUGCCUUUCAACACAGCCGUUCCACUGAAUCCAUCAAAUCUGUGGCCUCUGAGACGUACAUGAGCAAGCUCAAUAUAGCCAAGAGGAGAGCGAAUCAGCAGGAGACAGAAAUGUUCUACUUUUCAAAAUUCAAAGAGUACCUGAAUGGUAGUAACCUCAUCAUUAAGCUGCAGGCCAAGCAUGACUUGCUGAAGCAGACGCUGGGGGAAGGGGAAAGAGCUGAGUGCGGAACAACAAGGCCCCCCACCCUUCCCCCUAAACCACAGAAAAUGCGGAAGCCUAGGCCACGCUCCGUCUAUAACCAUAAGCUGUUUAACGGCAAUAUGGAGGCAUUCAUCAAGGAUUCAGGUCAACCAAUUCCACUUGUUGUUGAAAGCUGUAUCAGAUACAUCAAUCUAUACGGUUUGCAGCAGCAAGGCAUAUUCCGUGUGCCAGGAUCGCAGGUGGAGGUCAAUGAUAUUAAAAACUCAUUUGAGAGAGGUGAGGAUCCCUUGAUUGAUGAUCAGAAUGAGCAUGAUAUUAACUCAGUGGCAGGCGUCCUGAAGCUGUACUUCAGAGGACUCGAGAACCCGCUCUUCCCAAAGGAGCGUUUCCUGGACUUCAUCUCUACUAUCAAGCUGGAGUCUGAAGCUGAGAGAGCACACCACAUCCAGCAGAUUAUUGUCACUCUUCCUCGGACCAUCAUAAUCGUCAUGAGAUAUCUUUUUGCUUUCCUUAACCAUCUUUCACAGUACAGUGAUGAGAACAUGAUGGAUACAUACAAUUUAGCUAUCUGCUUUGGUCCAACUCUGAUGCCCAUCCCAGAUGGCCAGGAUCCUGUAACAUGUCAAGCUCAUGUUAACGAAGUCAUCAAAACUAUAAUUAGCCACAAUGAAGUCAUCUUUCCAAGUCAACGAGAGCUGGAUGGCCCAGUCUAUGAGAAGUGCAUGACCGGGGGCGAAGAGUAUUGUGACAGUCCACACAGUGAACCAGGAACCAUUGAUGAGGCUGAUAAUGGGACAGAACCACACACCAGCGAUGAGGAAGUGGAACAGAUUGAGGCCAUUGCCAAAUUUGACUAUGUGGGACGCAGUCCCAGGGAGCUGUCCUUCAAGAAGGGAGCCUCCCUGCUUCUGUAUCACAGAGCAUCUGAAGACUGGUGGGAAGGCCGUCACAAUGGCGUGGAUGGCCUCAUCCCUCAUCAGUACAUCGUAGUACAAGACCUAGAUGAUGCGUUCUCAGAUAACCUCAGCCAGAAAGCAGAUAGUGAAGCCAGCAGUGGACCGUUGCUGGAAGAUAAGGGUUCAUCCAAAAAUGAUGUCCCAUCACCAUGCGAGCAAUCACCGGAUUACAACUUUGGAGGAGUCAUGGGGAGGGUCAGGUUGCGAUCUGAUGGAGCAGCAAUCCCGCGUCGCCGAACAGACACCCAGAGCCCAACAAGAGUGCCUGACACUCCACCACGGGCUGCAGCCUGUCCUAGCAGCCCUCACAAGGUAUCCAUCAGCAAAGGCCGCAUGGAGAGCCCAGAAAAAAGGCGCCUUGGUACCUUUGGCAGUGCAGGAAGCAUAAACUAUCCAGAUAGGAAGGGCUAUCCUGAGGGCCACCCACUGAGGCCAGUGCCAGGGACCACUCGCCACAGCAGCCUGGGGGACCACAAAUCACUAGACACUGAGGCUCUGGCAGAGGACAUAGAGAAGACUAUGAAUACGGCACUUCAUGAGCUGCGGGAGCUGGAGCGCCAAAACACCGUUAAACAGGCUCCCGAUGUUGUCUUGGACACGCUGGAGCCAAUGAAGAAUCCAGUUAGCUCAGAGCCCGGGAGUCCACUGCACACCAUUAUGAUCCGUGAUCCAGAUGCUGCCAUGCGGCGCAGUAGCAGCUCCACAUCUGAGAUGAUGACCACCUUUAAACCGGCUCUCUCUGCCCGGCUGGCUGGAGCACAGUUACGCCCCCCGCCCAUGAGACCGGUGCGACCUCCUCCAACGCAGCACCGCUCAAGCAGCUCCAGCUCUUCAGGGGUCGGCAGUCCAGCUGUGACUCCCACUGAGAAGAUGUUUCCGAGUAACAAUGCAUCUGCAGGUUCCAAUGUGAAUAUUUCCGGUGAUGGCGGAGAUAAGUCUGGUACCAUGUAGCAAAGGUGGAAGCUUGUAGGCAAGAGGCCUGUGAAGCUUUCCAAGUGGGAGAAAAGCUUAUGGAAACAGAUGUUGAUGUGUGCAAACCAGAUACGGAUAUACUCCUGUCUGUUUUUUGCUUGACUUAAUUCGUAUAUAAAGGAUGCCACUAAAGCUUCUAAAGUAUGUUACCAUGGUAAUAAAGCAGUGGCAGAAGCUGUAGAGGUGUGAUAAAGCUCAGCUCUCUUUGAAACUUGAUUUAACUAGACUAAAUGUGUAUAGGAAUACGUGUAUUUCAGUUAUACCUCAGUUUUAACAAAAUUCUGUGGCCAUGUUCUUGUUUCAGAGAUGCAAUGAAUGCAAGUAAAGCAAUACUUGUGUGAAAUUUGGUUUUCUACCCAUCACAUGUCCAGUCUAGCCGAUCUUUCAGUCCCUCCUGUUAUGUGAAAACGCCUCAUGUUGGCAGUUGUUCAGGCGUAAAAAUAUGUCAGUUUGUCCAUUUUGGGCAAAGGCCUUAUGGCUCUAAAUACAAACUUACUUGAAAUAACCAUCCUUUCUGUUUGUAUUAUAAUACAUUGGAUCUUCAGCAACAUAACAGUGAAAUUUAUUCCUGCAUGCACAGAUUGGGGAAAAUAAGGGAAAGUUGCAUCACUGAAAGGAGACUUGUAAUGAAAUGAUCUGUGAACAAGCUUGCUAAUUCUAAGAAAUCCAUAUGACUUUAAACUCUGAUCCACAAGAAUGAAAAACUAAAAUCAGGAUUCAGAUGCCCACAUAUUAAAAAAAAUAAUGCCUUGCCACCAUACGUUGACUUUUCGUGUGGGUGUCGCUGCAAAAGAUGGAGCAUCUUGGCAUGAAGAUGAUCUGUGAAGUCUUAGAAGUUACUAAUCAGUACUAGAGUAAAAUAAGUCGGCCUCUACCAUCAUGCAUGGUUGAACAGUGGACAGACGUAACACGGCUGUUUCCAUGUUUUAUUUUGUUUUUCUAGUUGCUGUGUAUGGAAUGCAGAAGAAUAAUGCACCAACUAAUGUAGGAAUCCUGUGGUAAACUUGUACAUAAUAUAUAGCUAGUAAUUUGUAAGUGUUAUUUGUGUACAGGUUAAUAUGAAAUGUCGUAAAGGGUUGAUAUGAAUGGCACUUGUAAGGAUUCUGAACCACCUUUUUAUCAUUUCCGGUAAAGUUCAAACAUUUUGACUGAAAAAAAAAAAAGAAAACAAAGAGUUCAGAUCAUCAUUCACCAUAGUACUGUUCAAAUGGUACGCAUUUGAACUAUAGACCACUAAUUGCUGCUGGAAACAACACAAAGUAUGUUUUUGACAUAUCUUUCAGUCUCUUCACAGUUCGCAAAAGGUUUUCAGGUUCAAGUCAUAUUUGGGUGAUUUUUAGUAUUACGAAAGAAACAGUGAAACUUCUGAUGGUUCCUCUUUCACACUGAAAAUGCUGUGCUCACCCAGAAAAGCUGGAGAACUAGAUGUGUUAACGUGCAGUCAUCAGAACGGCCUCCUUCUUUCUGCCUUUUACAUGAUAGAUUGUCUAUGGUUACCGAUACACUCAGAUUGUAGACUCGUACUCUUGGUUGGAGGAAAUCUAAAGAAGAACAUUUAAGUAUUUAUAUCUACUGUACCUCUUGUCAUCCUGACAGCUGUAAUCUAAAGACCCUGUAAUCCGCAUCCCAAAGAGCCUGCUCUGUUCUGCAUGUCUUGCGCUGUAAUGUGGGACUCGACGGUAUGUGGUGCCUUGGCUUGGUGAAACGCACAACUUAAUUAAAAAUUGGACUAACUGGCCUUAGUAUUUACGUGGGUUGAGAGUGAUGAAUUAAGAUACUCGUAACUGUUGCUAGAUCAGAAGUGAACAAGAACUAACAACGCCUGAUUGAACAAAAGCAAAAUAACAAAAAUGCAUCGAAUCUAACAAAAUUAUUCGCAUGUAAAUCACAGUUUCCCUGUCAAAUGCAGACACCUGAUGUAAAAUGAAAAUACUCGCUUGUUCUUGGUGUAUUGUUUGCUUUUCGACUAUCAAAUUAUUUACCUAUAUACAAAAGUACAGGGUGGAAGGAUUAGUAAGAACAGAGAGCUAGUACAGCCAGAAUAAAGUUGAUAUAGCAUUUAAAUGUACACAGUGCUGUCACACCCUCUGCUGGUUCCUGCUGGUAUUGCGUAAGCAAGCGGAGGCUAUUGCUCUCGAUGGGCAUUAUGAUCCAGAUAUCAUCGCAAUGGUUAAAUGAAUCCUUCUAGUUUUAACAUCUUAUUGUCCUGGUUAUUAGUUUUGCACCAGUUGAUCUGCAGUAUAUGAAGUUAAUGUUACAAAACGCUUCUGUUAUUAAAAUAUGAAGAAAGCACACAAUUCAAUUUAAAAGGGGGGAAAUAAAUCACAUUUAGCUAGAUUAUUUUUUGUUUUGUUUUUAUUUAUAGACUAUAAGUGGAGCAGAAAAUUUGAGUGCCUUUUGUGCACAACAUCAAUUUUUAUUGGACUUUUACUUUUUUACUUUUUUAACUGUGAUAUGUGGUUAGUUGUCAUGUUUAUUAUAAACUGAUGUUGCCUUUUUUUAAUCUUUAUUUUCUCUUGCUACUCAGUAGUCAGGCCAACAUAAGUGUUAUAUUGUGUAUAAAAUCAUUGAACUGCUCGUCUGUGCUUGGGUGAGACCUGAAGAUCAGGAGCUAUAAGAACUACUGUAUACAUAAUCUACUGGCAGAGCUCGGUAGAAUCAUCUCCUUUACUUUUUGGGGGUUUCCCUGUGAACUGCCUGUGCUGUGGUUGAGCCUUUAAUUCUUGCCAUUUUGCUCCAUCCCUUUCAAAAAAACAUCGCUGCCAGAUGGACUCAUAUGGACCCUCUACAUGAGAGGUUAUAAGGCACUUGGUGCACUCUCAUCAGUCCCUACAUGUGAUGUUACACUGACAUUUUCUUUUCUGGAAUGUGUGCUUAAAUGGGUUACACUGAUUGUCUGGUGACAAGAGAAGACAGCAAGCUAUUAAUCAAGAAGAAAAUCCCAGUUUGAGAACAGAAUAUGGGCCCAUCGGAGGACCGGAGUGUGAGUUGCUGUCACGCUGUUUACUUUCUCUUUAAUUGUUUGUCUGGUGAUGCUGUUUGUUGGUGAGUGUCUGGUGGGUUGAAACCUGUGAUGUAACGUACAUCAUGCCACUGACUGGAUGUUGAAAACUCCUGCAUCCAAAUAAAAACCAUUAUUGCUCUGUCAUCCAGA